AUGGGGACCGUGGCCGCGAUCCACGGCUACGGACGGGAUGAUCUCACGGCGGCAGAGGACGUUGUAGCGACGUAUUACCGCAUGAUCGCGCAGACGUUCUCCCUUCUGGCGACGGGAACAUCCAAGGCGUCAGUCGGGUUCUUUCUGCUGAGACUUGUCGUCGUUCGGUGGCAAAUCAUCUCCAUCUGGGCCAUCAUGUCCGUUAUGGGCAUCUUGAGUAUUCUCAACACAUUCCUCACGUGGCUCGCAUGUCGACCUCUGCCGUAUGCCUACGACGAGAGCCUCAACGGCACCUGUUUCAACACUGUUCCUCCCGCGGUGAUGCUGGCUAUGGGCACCAUCGCCGUGGAUAUUUACUUUGCCGUCCUUCCCUGGAUCUUCAUCUUCAAGCUGAACCUGUCGCGCCGGGAAAAGCUGACCAUCGCCGGCAGUCUGAGCCUGGGCAUCUUAGCCGCUGCCGCAGGAGGCAUCCGUGUCAUGAACGUCAAGGGCGUCCGUGACGUGCCUGUGGCCGUGAUCGUGUGGUCCCAAGUCGAGACAUCCCUGACGCUCAUCUGCGUCGGCAUACCCGUGUGUCGUCCACUGUGGUCACGGGUCAUCGGCAAGUGGUGGCAGUCGCGGCAGGGCGAGUCGUACGAGCGGCAAAACGACGCCCGGGACCCGCCAUCCGACCCCAUCGGUUUGCACACGAUUGGCGGCGGCACCAUGCCCGGCGCACCCUCCAAGUCGCAGGAGUCGAAGAAGAAGCGGUGGAACCCGCUGACGGGGAGCGGCAGCAGGGGGGACGACGGUGACAGCGACGAGGUCGAUCUCACGGCGAAUGUUGCGCCAAGGGGCCGGAGUGGACGCGAUACUGACUCGCAAGGUGAAAGCCAGAGCGGACACGAAGUCAAGGAGGCGUGGGUACGGGGGGACGCCAUGACACGGUCGACGGUGGAGGGGCGGUCUCCAAGUCCUGGUGUAGCCCUGGAGGACGCAAAGUCGGGCAUCAUGAUGUGGAGUUGUCGUCGGCCCAGGCUCCAAAUCUGCGGCAACGCCUCCAUGGCUGUGUAG